GGACGAUGAAAGCAAGCCUGAAAGGUGCCCCACAACACAUAUGCCCACACCUGCUCAAUGGCCUAGAGUAUUCAUUCCAGCAUUUUCGUACUAUGCUUACUAUUGUUACGCAAAUCUCUACACCUUGAACAAGCUUCGGGAGUUGAAGGGAAUGACAACUAUAAGAUUUCGUCCACAUUCCGGGGAGGCUGGUGACAUUGAUCACCUUGCUGCAACAUUUCUCACUUCUCACAACAUUGCACAUGGGAUCAAUUUGAGAAAGUCUCCCGUACUCCAGUAUCUGUAUUAUCUUGCACGAAUCGGUCUGGCCAUGUCUCCUCUGAGCAACAGUUCUUUAUUUCUAGACUAUCACAGGAAUCCUUUUCAACUAUUUUUCCUGAGGGGUUUAAAUGUGUCUCUUUCAACGGACAAUCCACUUCACUAA